AUGUCAACACUCAAGUCGAAACGAGCCAAGAAACCCCGCCCGACUGGGAAAGCGCCAGGAUCAUCGUCAUCGGCGCCAAAGUUCGAUCAAACAGAGGCUCGAGUGUACGACACAGUCAACGUCGGUCUCGAUUUCGUAGCUAACCUCUCUGACGUCAGAUGUACUCGCCCCACUCUCCAAAGCAGCCUGUCGGGCCUUAAAGUCGAUCCUGGGCGUCAAAACAAAAACAAAGUCCAGACUGAUUCGGGCGCUAUUCUCAGAGGAAGGAUCGUUGAGGAAGCGUUCAGCCAACCAUUCAUUGAUACGUCAAAAUUCCUUGAGGAUCUCUCGGCGAAAGUCCUCAACUAUGUCGAAAAACGAAGCCAAACUACCCGGGGCAGGGCUACGCAAGUCCGAGAAAAACAGUUCAUGGAAGCAUUGAAUAUCUUCACUACAUUGCGUAUUCAAUCCAUCGAACGAAGCACAAAGGAUACCAAGGUCAACGUGGAAAAGAGUCUGACGGACAACGAUGCUACCGCCAUGCUACAGCUGCCAAUGGUAGCAUUCGUUCCAUCCUCGAUCCACAAUACCUGUAUGCAGGGAACACGGAGGCUGUUCUAG